CCGACUAGGGCCACGCCGGCCGGUCCCGCCUCUCGCCAACUGCUUCCGGGUCGCGGCAGGCCUCGUUUCCGGAGUAAGAUGGCGGCCACGGAGGAGGAGCGGCUGGCGGCGGGGAGCGGGGAGGGAGAGCGGCUGGACUUUCUGCGGGACCGUCACGUGCGGUUCUUCCAGCGCUGUCUCCAGGUCUUGCCCGAGCGCUACUCUUCGCUGGAGACCAGCAGGUUGACAAUUGCGUUUUUUGCUCUCUCCGGGCUGGAUAUGUUGGACUCCUUAGAUGUGGUGAACAGAGGUGAUAUAAUAGAGUGGAUUUACUCCCUGCAGGUCCUCCCCACAGAAGACAGAUCAAACCUAAAUCGCUGUGGUUUCCGAGGCUCUUCCCACCUGGGAAUCCCAUUCAACCCUUCCAAGAAUCCUGGAACAGCUCAUCCUUACGAUAGUGGACAUAUAGCAAUGACCUACACUGGCCUUUCGUGUUUAGUAAUCCUUGGAGAUGACUUAAGCCGUGUAAACAAAGAAGCUUGCUUAGCCGGCCUGAGAGCCCUGCAGCUGGAAGAUGGAAGUUUCUGUGCUGUUCCAGAAGGCAGUGAGAAUGACAUGCGGUUUGUGUACUGUGCAUCCUGCAUUUGUUAUAUGCUCAACAACUGGUCGGGCAUGGAUGUGAAGAAGGCCAUCAGCUACAUACGGAGAAGUAUGUCCUACGACAAUGGGCUGGCACAGGGAGCUGGACUAGAAUCUCAUGGAGGAUCAACUUUCUGUGGCAUUGCCUCUCUGUGUCUGAUGGGGAAACUAGAAGAGGUGUUUUCAGAAAAGGAGCUGAACAGGAUAAAGAGGUGGUGCAUCAUGCGGCAGCAGAAUGGCUACCACGGAAGACCCAACAAGCCGGUGGACACUUGCUACUCCUUCUGGGUGGGAGCGACUCUAAAGCUUCUGAAAAUUUUCCAGUACACUAACUUUGAGAAGAAUAGAAAUUACAUCUUGUCAACUCAAGACCGCCUUGUAGGGGGGUUCGCCAAGUGGCCAGACAGCCAUCCAGAUGCUUUGCAUGCGUAUUUCGGGAUCUGCGGGCUCUCUCUCAUGGAGGAAAGCGGGAUCUGCAAAGUCCAUCCGGCCCUGAAUGUCAGCACACGGACUUCGGAGCGCCUUCGUGACCUCCAUCGCGCUUGGAAAAGCCAGGGCUAUGCUCCAAGCUCCGUGCACGUUGAGACGUGACGGCGGCAGGCGGGGUCGUAGCACAGCUGUGUAGCGCAAAGUUAGAAGCCAUGGGGGUGCUGAGAGCCACGCCAAGAGGCACCACUUCCGGAUGCGGGUUUGAGCCAACAACCUUGCUACAAAGCUUCAAGAAAGCUUUCCUUGAAGUUUGAACCACAACCAUAGAUAUUGUUUGGUUCUUAGAUGUUUAUACUGUAUUUUUAAGAAAUUCUUUGAGGCAAAUUAACUAUGGAGGUAAGUUAUCUUUUUAAAACUCUUCAGUACAAAUUAUAUCUUAAAAUAUGGACACAGAUCUUCAGAACAAGUUUACACUUCACUCAGCAUUGAUAAUCCUCAAGUGACAGUGACUCUUUAAGAAUCUUGGCGGUAAUGGUUAGGGAAAAGAUUGCUUUCGUGAAUUAUGUGUCAGGAUCAUUCUUCAAAAGAAAAUCCCAUAAUUCUUUUAGAAAAAAGAAUGGCUUAUUUUGUUUUAUUCCUCUGUGCCAAUUACACUUUUGUGGCCUAUAUAAAUGAAAUUAAUUGUUUAUAAUAAGAAUAAAUAGGCGCAACUAAUACUUUAGUUUUCUAAACGGAAAUUGUUUUAAGAGGACUAUUAUGUAAAUGAAAAGUAACUUGACUGAUUAUGGAUGAGAAAGUUUUAUGCUCUGUGAGUCUUUAAGACAUUGCUGGGGUGAGCAUCUAUGUUUUGGGGUUUUGAAUCUGAAUUACUCAGCCUUUUGAGGGCAAUGGGGAGGAGACACUUUCUUUUCUAAAAGGAAAGACAUUGAGUGUUUUUAUUUUUCUGAGGUUUUUGAUACUGUAAAUUAUAUUUGUUCUUUUAUAACUAAGUAAUUUUUAGCCAUUUGGAGAUUUUCUUCCUUUUUUAAAAAAAGAAAUGUUAUUGCUCUCAGUGUGUUAGCUGCUCUAAUUUCAAAUUUCCAGGUUGAGCAUCCUUAACUUCAAAAUUCAAACUCUGAAAUGCUCUGAAAUCCAAACUUUUGCAUACCUACAGGACACCCCAAGUGUAAAGUUUCACAGACAAAAAAAUGCAGGCAUGCUGAGAAGCUAUUCAUAACUUAAAUCAGCUUUGCAUUUAACCUUGGAUCCUGUGAUGAGAUACAGUGUUGAUUAUGGACAACCCAAGUCUUAAACCCUUCUGGUCUCAAGCAUUUUGGAUAAGGGAUGCUCAAUCUAUAGUAAUUUUUUUUUCUUUUCAAUUUAAUUAAGAAUUCAAAUACAAAAAGGAAACCACUCAAGUAAACUUAAUGGUGCGGCUCCAUACAUGUCAUUUCUCUUUUUACAUUUCAAGUAAGUGGUAGGGAGCUAGAACCCUUUAGAAUUUAAGAACUUUAAUUUGCUUUAAUCCAUUGUUUUGUAUUCAUUCUGUUAACUAUUGUCCUAAAGGAGCUGGGGUAGAAACUGCUGUACAUGGGUAACCCACUCGGCAAACGCCACAGCCUUCACCCAGGAGCAGUCAGACAGGAGUCCGGUUCUGAAAUGAGAAAAUUUCCUCACCAGGGGAGCCGGGUUUAUUCAUCAGUUCUAGUAAUAAUAAAAAAUUGAAUGAUUCCACAGACCUCAACAAAAACUAAAUGACUAGUAUCACUAAAUAUUGUAUUUUUAAUUUGCUUUCUAAGCCAUGCCCUAAAAGAAAAAUCCUUCUAAACGGAAACGUGGGCACUUGGACAAACAAUUUGCUUAUGAUUGGCAUGCUUAGUUUUAAACCUGAUUUUACAAAGUCCUGAGUGUUUUGGGGGGGAAGUAGUGGUUAGUAAGAGCAGGUGAUGGUAUUAUAUGGUGAAUACUUGCCAGCCUGUGCAAAGCCUGGCUUUGAUCACCAGACAGGAAGAGAAGUUAAAAGCGUGAUUAGAAAUUUCCCAUCAGUGGGAGAAAAUGAUUUUAUUCUUUAGUUAUUCCACUUGCUUCUAUUUCAGUCCUGGAAAAUUCACACAUGGCCAUAUCAGGCUAAGUUAUCACCUAGAUACGGAGACCCUGGCCCUGGGAUACACCAAAACCGUUCCUAAAUUGCCAUCUAUGGUAGAAGUUAAGAGCAGUGAGAUGAG